AUGGGCAAGUUCUCUAUGAGCAAGACGAGAGCCUACAACUGGUACAUCUCUCUCGUCGCUGCUUCUUGCAUGGUGCUCUACGGUUACGAUGCAUCCGUCUUCAACGCAGUACAGGGCUCGAAGCACUGGGUCGCUUACUUUGAUAAGCCUAGUCUUCAAACCAUUGGUGCUAUCAACACUGCCUACACCGUCGGAGCCAUUGUCGCUGGUUGGUUCAUGGGCGGCCCUAUUGCCGAUUACUUCGGCCGUCGUGUCGGCAUGGCUUCCGGUGCUACCCUCGUUAUCAUCGCAACGUUAAUCCAGACUUUCACUCCUCGUCACAACCUCGCAUGCUACAUCGUCGGCCGUGUGAUCGUUGGUCUAGGACAAGGUCUUGCUCUGACCGCCGGACCCAUCUACAUUGGUGAACUCGCUCCAUCAGAGAUUCGAGGCAAGAUUAUGUCGUUCUGGCAAAUGUUCUACUCGGUAGGCAGCUUCAUCGCCUACUGGGUCAAUUUUGCCUGCUCCAAGCACAGAGCCGAGUUGGGCGAGUGGGACUGGAGAAUGGUCACCGUCUUCCAACUGCUCAUGCCUGUCCUCAUCCUGUCUCAAGUCUUCUUCAUCCCAGAGACUCCCCGCUGGUACCUCCAACACGGCGACGACGGCACAAAGGCCAAGAGAUCACUCAUGAAGGUCCGCGACACCGAAGAAGAAGUCGACAACGAAAUCCUCAUGAUCAAGGAAGCCCUCGAGUUUGAAAAGGAAGCGAUUUCCAGCUCUUACUCUGCACUCUGGAAAGACCCUUCUGUGCGCAAGAGAUUGCUGUUGGCUUUCGUGCUCAACGCCGGUCAGCAAAUCACUGGUCAAGGCACGCUCAACACCUACAGCACAAUCAUCUACAAAAAGGUGUUUGCCAGUGACUCCACCAUCGCACUCAUCAACGCUCUCAACGCCACUUUCGCCAUCUUCUUCACCAUGAACGCAACCUGGACCGUCGACCGCUUCGGCAGAAAGUUCCUGCUAAUCGUCGGAGCUCUGGGCAUGGCAGUCUGCAUGGUCAUCGUCGCAGCCGUCGUCACCGAAACACCCGGUGGAAACACCAAAUCCGAGCCUGUUGGCAUUGCAGUAGUGUUCCUACUCUUCCUGUUCGCCUUCUUUUACAAGCCAUCAUGGGGAGCCACCGUCUGGAUCUGGACAUCAGAGAUCUUCUCCAUGAACGUGCGCGCACAAGCAGUAGGCAUGGCAUCGCAAACCCAAAACGUCGCAAACCUCAUCGUGCAGCAAUUCUUCCCUACUUUCCUCAACAACUGUGGCUUUUAUGCUUUUUACAUGUUUGCGGGCAUCAAUCUGUUGUUGGCUGUGUUUGUGUGGUUCUGCAUUCCAGAGACCAAGAAUGUGUCUCUGGAAGAGAUCGACACGUUGUUUGGUGGUGAGAAUCAUGUUGCCAUGGGUGAGGCUAUGGCGGGUGCUGGAGUCGAGGGAGAGAAGUUUGGUGUUGAGAGGGUUGAGGAGGUUAGAGAGGAUAGGAGGUAG